AUGCUUCGACGUCCCGCAAGCAACAAGCUGGGGCUUCUGAGCUUCCAGUCGCUUUCAUAUCGGAGACCACUAUUGUCAUACCCACACGCAGUUCUUCCCCGAUACCAGGGUAACUGGAGCCGCGAUCAUGAAGCUUUCGAUGGGCCCAAUUCCGAACGAAACCGCAAACCGAAAGAUAACGGAAAACCUGAAGCAGGGAGAUUCACAUUGGAUGUGGACACUCUUGGGAAACCAGGACAAAUCGUUGUUGUGCCCUCACGUCGCAGCCGGAUGUUAAAUCGCAAUCGCAAUCGCAAUCGCAACGAAAACCCCGAAAAUGAAUCUGGCGACACAAUAACCGCCAUGUUGAAUGAACUUGAUGAAGAGAAAUUGUUACCCAGCGAUAAGUCAGUCAAGGAAAGAAUUGAUGAGGUUCGUGGAUCAUAUCAACUGGGACAGAUCUUGCCUGCAGCCGAUCUUAAGGCAUUGUGGUCAAAAUUGGCUUCCUCUUUCACAUACAAGCAAUUGUCGGAUUUCAUUUCAGAGUACAACCGCAAUGCUGCGAUAGAAGAGAAAGGGGGAAAAUCCCGGGCUGCAGAGACGAUUGUUCGGAAUUGUUGGCAGCUGGUGGCUGAUGGCGAGCGUGGCCGGUUAGAAUUCCGCAUGCCAGCUCAGUUCAUAUCCUUGCUUCUGCAUGCUGAGCAUUUUUCUUUCCACGAGCUAGCUAGUCUCCAUGGCUGUGGCAUUGAAGUCACACAAUCCGCGGGCCUAGUGUCACUCACUGGCAAGCGAAAUGAUUGUGAGUCUGUUCAUGAGAUUAUCGUUGAUGCCACUGGCAGGAUCCGCGAGGGUGAUGUUGGAAUCGACCCAUAUAUCCAUGGAGAUGGAACUAGUCAAGUAUUUACCCCAGACUUUUUGGAAUGGGUCAACAGCACACACGGCGUUUUUGUGGAACACAAAGGACACAGACCACCACAAAAGAUUCUCUAUCUUGCUGAGAAUAAGUUGGGAGCAGAUAAUGCGCGAAGGACUUUGAACUUGGCCUUGUCCAACACCACAUCACCAUCGGCGCCAUUCUCAACAUAUUUACCUGCUUCGGAACUUGCCAGUACUUAUAGCUACAGACCAGGAGCUCACGCUUCGUGGUUUGAGCAAGAAAAGUUGUGGUUCCGGUGGGCAAUGUCUUCCAGUCAAAAUGCGGAGGCAGAAAACCUUGACACUCCUUUCUUCGAUAAGCACCAAACACGGCUCUCAGAUGAGCUAUUGAAGCUUCUCCGAGUUAAUACUCCGCAAACCGGUUCAGUCAUCGGGUUGCAUGAGUCUGUGACAGCCGUGGUUGGGAAAUGCCUUUUUAUGCAAAAGCCCUCUUUCGAUGAGACAGCCAUCAGUCCAGCACAGUUGGGGAAACUGUCCCUUCCACGCGCUUUCACAAACGACAUACCAUUGGUGUCGCGUUUCAUCGACUCACUCAUGCCUAUCAGCCCAAAGGAGGAGGCACAGCUAUAUCGACUCCGGUUGUCUCCGACCUCCAACGCAGGAUCCCCGCCGGAACUCGAAAUUGAAGUGGCUAUGAACUCAAACUUGGAUGGUGUGGACGUCCAUAGCGUAAAGGCUAUUCUCACCACAAACAGCGUUGACUACCUGCUUCCGGAAAAUGGUCUGGACCUACGUUUCACACGGACCAUCUCGCAAGACCUCUUGUAUAAGCCAUCUUCGAACCCCGAACUCUCGGAAAACUCUUCUGGGCACCUUUUGUCCGAUCCUUCUUCUUCGCCACAGGUCCAAGAAAUGCUGCAAAGCAUCAAAACCUCCCUCCAGGGCCCAGUCGUCAGCAGUGGGGCUUCACAGGGUCCUGUUCCACCUCCUAUAUUUUGCAAUAUCACUCUUCCCUGUGAUCUUGUUCAUCGUCCUGCCUCGCAAAAAGUUAAAUCCAAAAAGGUGGACGAAUCAGUGGCAGAGGACUGCGUCGCUGUCGAAUACAUGUUCCCUCCACUCAGCGACAUUCGAGGUGCCGUUGUCCAAAAGUAUAACUUUGAUGGACGAGCACUUGACUACCGGUAUUACGAGAGCGAUUCGCACCUUGCUGCUCGGACAAAUGAGGUCUCUCUACACAUGGAGAUUCCCCAAAUUGACUCGGCCCCAGAAAAUGACCAAUCUGAGCAGCUUGAUCAUGAGUUCCAUUCGUUCUACAACGCGGCGUGUGGUAUGGCAUUCAAAAUCCACGGCAAAAGAUAUGUGGAUUAA